GUUCUGUCUACCCACUCGUUGCGUAAUCAGUUUGUUUGCCCUUUUCUUGUGGUGGUCCAAAAUCGUCUGUUCUUCAGCUACCUCUGUCCUGCUUUGGCCAUCCGCUUCCCCAAUUUCCAGUUCCAAGCUCCCCCGAUAUUUUGAUUUUAGCUCCAACAUUCUGCUCUUUUGACUCUGCUUUGGCUUCUCAACGAUUCUUCUAUUUUCCAGCUGAUCGUGUUCCUCAGGGGGAGGCGACUGAUGCGGAAGACCGGCAGUUAAGCUGCUUCUGACUGUUCAACAAAUUGAUCAACCCUGCCAUGGUGAGCUUGCGAAGGCGGAGACUGUUGGGGCUAUGCAGUGGAGGGAGUUCAUUUGUGACUCCACUUCCUCAAGCAGCUGUCCCUGUAAGCUCUGUACCAAGUGCCAAGUCGGUUAAUAUCAAACCUGCCCCAUCAGAUGAAGCCAAUCUAUCAGCUGAGAAGAUUUAUGCCUUAUGUGGACCUGCUUCGUCGAAUGUGUCACUUCACAGUUCAGCAAAGGAGCAGCAGCAGCAGCCCUGUUCAGACCAACCAAUUAAGAGGAGAAAGCGACACAGAAGAAAGCAUGUUCAAAAUCAAGAACCGUGUGUGAUGCGGGGUGUUUAUUUCAAGAACAUGAAAUGGCAGGCAGCAAUUAAAGUUGACAAGAAGCAAAUCCACCUGGGGACGGUUGGUUCCCAAGAAGAAGCUGCUCGUUUAUAUGACAGGGCUGCUUUCAUGUGUGGGAGGGAGCCUAACUUUGAGCUCUCAGAAGAGGAGAAGCAAGAGCUUCGGGAAUUCAAGUGGGACGAGUUCUUAGCGAUUACACGGAGUGCAAUCACCAACAAAAGUAAAAAACUUAUUCAGCAUUUUUGACAUGUUUAUUAAUCUUUUUUUCAUCGAACGGUGCUCUGGCUGAUUCUUGCAAUGUGGUGUGUGUGUUUGUGUGUGUGUUGGUCCAUGCAGAGCACAAGAGAGGUGUGAUGAGAAGGAUUGGAGGUGUGAUGCAGAGGAUAUCGCCGGAGGCUGCAUCACAGAACAGUGAGUGGGAUGGAAAGCAAGAGAUGGAUGAUGGUCUGUCUGGUUCAGAAGAAGUGGAGGCUGAUUCAUCAGCCUCUUAGGACAACCCAAAACAAAGAGUCUGAUAUUCAGAGCUAGUGAUGCAUCCCCCUCGGCUGCUUCCAGUUCCAGUUUUCUGGGUUCUGAGCCCCCAUUAGGGCAUUAUGGGUUGAUGGCGGUAGAGUAUUAUGUUAUUAAUCAGAUAGCUUUAUUCUUCUUUGGCAAGUUAAUGGAAUAAAAUUAAAUGGACAAUUAGGCAAGACUACUAGGCAAAAUGCAGAUAGUUAAACUGCAUGCCCGCCAACAACAGUAUAUAUAUAGGCAGAUACAUAUGUACUUAAUAGUUGCACUCUCAGAUAACGAUUCAACAGAACAGGAGAUGAGGCUUAUAGUUCCCAUUUUUUCAAGCAGAUAAUAUUUGUCGCCAACAUAUUUGUGCAUUUUU